UCCGGUGCGUAAAGUCUCGCGGAGUGAAACACCGGCCAUUUUUCUCCGUCUGCAGCAGGACACUUCGUGCCUGGGCAGUUCACACCGACAACCACUUUUUUUUUUCCCCCCUAAGCCUACAACUUUUGGCAAGUUUCAUUUUUCUCAUCCGAGCGUCCAAACUGGCGACAGACGGGACACAAUGCAUGUCGGUGUUCACCACUGCAAAGUUUCUCCGCUGACACCGCCCGGGUCCGGAUAGAUGCUUCGCUAAACUGUCGCACAAAUGGAAAUGGUGCCCAGCGAGGAUAACCAGUUCGUACCCCAAGAGAUCCAAAAUGCAGCCGAGGAGCCCAGAGUGCUAUGCAUUAUCCAGGAUACCACCUGUGCAAAGACGGUCAACGAGAGGCUGACCUUGAACCUGCCUGCUUCCACCACUCUCGCCAGACUGUAUGAAGAUGUUGCCCACAAAGCGGGAUACGUAAAUGGCACAUUUGACAUCGCCUGGGGAAAUACACCCAACAUGGCACCACUCGACCAUAACAGUGAGAUGUCCCUCUCAGAUUCUGGGUUUGAGCCCGGUGGUAAGAAGAAUUUUCUCCAGCUUACAGAUAAAGAUGGAGAACAGCCCCACAUUGCAUCGGAUGAGUCAGGAACAGCAGAUAGCAGCGGACUGGAUGACAGUUCACAGGAGCGGUUUAUUGGGCCCCUACCGAGAGACGGCACUGCAGGCUGCAGUGGCGACUACAGCAGUCCAUCUUACUCUUACUCAUCCAUCCUCAACAAAUCGGAGACGGGUUACGUGGGCUUGGUUAACCAAGCUAUGACCUGCUAUUUGAACAGUCUCCUACAAACACUGUUCAUGACCCCCGAGUUCAGAAAUGCACUCUACAACUGGGAGUUUGAGGAGUCUGAGGAGGAUCCAGUCACCAGUAUCCCCUACCAGCUGCAGAGGCUGUUUGUCCUGCUGCAGACCAGUAAGAAACGGGCGAUUGAGACCACUGAUGUGACACGGAGCUUUGGCUGGGACAGCAGUGAGGCUUGGCAGCAGCAUGACAUCCAGGAGCUCUGCAGGGUCAUGUUUGAUGCCCUGGAGCAAAAGUGGAAGCAAACAGAGCAGGCUGACCUGAUCAACCAGCUGUACCAGGGGAAGCUGAAGGAUUAUGUCCGUUGUCUGGAGUGUGGCUAUGAGAGCUGGAGGAUUGAUACUUACCUGGACAUCCCUCUUGUGAUCAGACCCUUCGGUGUCAACCAGGCCUACGGCAGUGUGGAGGAGGCUUUGCAGGCAUUUAUCCAACCAGAAACUCUGGAUGGGCCCAACCAGUACUUCUGUGAGCGCUGCAAAAAGAAAUGUGACGCCCGGAAGGGUCUAAGAUUUUUGCACUUGCCCUACCUGCUGACACUGCAGCUGAAACGUUUUGAUUUUGACUACACCACUAUGCAUCGCAUCAAGCUCAAUGACCGCAUGACUUUCCCUGAGGAGCUUGACAUGAGUCCAUUCAUUGAUGUGGAAGAUGAGAAGUCACCUCAGACUGAAAGUUGCACUGACAGUGGAGCAGAGAAUGAAGGCAGUUGCCACAGUGACCAGAUGAGCAAUGAUUUUUCCACUGAUGAUUGUGUCGAUGAGGGCAUCUGCUUGGACAGCACCGGCAGCACAGAGCGAGUGCAGAAGCCAAAGAGUUUGCUGACCUUUGAGCUGUUCUCUGUCAUGGUCCAUUCUGGGAGUGCUGCAGGUGGCCAUUACUACGCCUGCAUUAAAUCCUUCAGUGAUGGCCAGUGGUACAGUUUCAACGAUCAGCACGUGAGCAAGAUUACCCAGGAUGAUAUCAGAAAGACAUAUGGGGGGUCCUCAGGGAGCAGAGGCUAUUAUUCUAGUGCCUUUGCAAGCUCUACAAAUGCAUAUAUGCUGAUUUAUAGAUUGAAAGAUCCCUCAAGGAAUGCAAAGUAUUUAGCUGCAGAAGACUUCCCGGGGCACAUAAAGAGUUUGGUUCAGAAGGAGAAAGAGUCUGAAGAGCAAGAAAAGAGACAGAGGGAGAUUGAGCGCAAUACUUGCAAAAUCAAGCUGUUCUGCAUGCAUCCUGUAAAGAUGAUGAUGGAGAGCAAGCUGGAAGUUCACAAGGACAAAACUCUCAGAGAAUCAACAGAGAUGGCCUACAAGCUGAUGGAUCUGGAUGGAGUCGUCCCUCUGGACUGUUGUCGCUUGGUCAAGUAUGACGAGUUCCACGAGUACCUGGAGCGCUCCUAUGAAGGAGAGGAGGACACACCGAUGGGUCUCCUGCUUGGAGGAGUCAAAUCCUCAUACAUGUUUGACUUGCUGCUGGAAACCCGCCGGCCUGAACAAGUGUUCCAGCCUUACAAGCCUGGAGAGGUGAUGGUGAAGGUCCAUGUUGUGGAUCUGAAGAGCGAGACCAUUGCCUCUCCAAUCAGUGUCCGGGCGUACUUGAACCAGACAAUCACUGAAUUCAAACAGCUAAUUGCGCAGGCUACAGGGCUUUCUGCAGACACCAUGCGUGUGGUCCUUGAGCGCUGCUAUAAUGACCUCCGGCUCCUCUAUGUUCCAAACAAAACCUUGAAAGCUGAGGGAUUCUUCAGGAGUAACAAGGUUUUUGUUGAGAGCUCUGAGUCGACUGAUCAUCAGGUUGCUUUCACUGACUCAGUCUUAUGGAAACUGUUGGAUCGUCAUGGGAAUACGAUCCGACUCUUAGUCUUGCUGCCUGAGCAGUCACCUGGUACCUUGGCCAACAGAACUCUUUGCCAAAAAGUGGGAGUAGACUCUGAUGCGCCCUCUGAUGGGUCUAAGAGCAACAGGAAAUCUGUAGAGGCGAUCCUCGAGGAGAGCACAGAAAAGUUGAAGAAUCUGUCUCUGCUGCAGCAGCAGCAGCAGCAGCAGCAGCAGCAGCAGCAGCAGCAGCAGCAGCAGCAGGGCUCCAGCACCAGCGACAGCCAGAAAAGCUCUGAUGCCAGCGACUUUGAACACAUCGAAUCCCCAACUCAAGAGGCCGACUCAAACUCUGAGCUCUGCGUGGCGGCAGACAACAGAGAGUUGGAGAACCGAAUCAGGACCACAGCUGGGAGCAGUGGUGGCGCCUCCUCUGACCCUGAGAACCAAUUUGCCUGCGAGGAGCGCUCCGACUCUGAGGUGAACAACGACCGCAGCACCAGCUCAGUGGACAGCGACAUCCUCAGCUCCAGCCACAGUAGUGACACACUCUGUAAUGCAGACAGCGGGCCCAUACAUUUGGCCAAUGGCCUGGACUCGCACAGCAUCACUAGUAGCCGGCGCUCAAAAGCCCACGAGGGCAAGAAAGAGACUUGGGACACUGCUGAAGAAGACUCUGGAACAGAUAGCGAGUAUGACGACAAUGGGAAGAGCAAGGCGGAGGCUCAGUACCUGUACUUCAGAACAGAACCUUGUUCUCAGGAUGACGCGGCGGGGGAUGCACAAAAAUGUCUAGUAGUUCAUGUGGACAAGAGAAUAACAUUAGCAGCAUUCAAACAGAACCUGGAGCCCUAUGUCGGAACGACCUCGACCCAGUUCAAGGUGUUCCGGGUGUAUGCCAACAACCAGGAGUUCGAGAGUGUACGUCUAAAUGAAACACUCUCGUCGUUCUCUGACGAUAACAAGAUAACCAUUCGACUAGGAAGAGCACUGAAAAAGGGUGAAUACAGGGUGAAAGUGUAUCAACUACUAGUGAAUGAACUAGAGCCCUGCAAGUUCCUUGUGGACACAGUGUUUGCCAAGGGCAUGACUGUCAGACAGUCAAAAGAGGAGCUGCUCCCUCAGCUGAAAAAGCAGUGCAAGCUUGACCUCAGCAUUGACAGGGUUCGUCUCAGGAAAAAGACGUGGAAGAACCCAGGUACAGUGUUUCUGGAUUACCAUGUCUAUGAGGAAGACAUCAGCAUCUCUUCCAAUUGGGAAAUUUUCCUUGAAAUCCUGAACGAACCAGAGAAGAUGAAGUCCAUGUCACAGCUGGCUGUUCUGACGCGGAGAUGGAGCCCGGCUACAAUGAAGCUGGGACCUUUUCAGGAAUUGAUUCUGGAGAGCAGCAGUGUAGAAGAACUGAAGGAGAAGCUCAGUGAAAUGAGUGUCAUUCCUCUUGAAAACCUGGAGUUUGCAAAGGGUAGAGGAACGUUUCCUUGUGAUAUCUCUGUGUUGGAGAUCCAUCAGGAUUUGGACUGGAACCCGAAGGUGUCAACUCUUAAUGUGUGGCCUCUGUACAUCUGUGAUGAUGGAGCUGUGGUCUUCUACAGGGAGAGCACAGAGGAGCCCAUGGAGCUAACAGAGGACGAGCGCAACGAGUUGAUGAAGAAGGAGAGCAGCCGUUUGCUCAAGACUGGACACCGUGUGAGCUACUCGCCGCGCAAGGAGAAAGCCCUCAAGAUCUACCUAGACGGAGGCCCUGCCAAGGACCCGGGGCAGGAAUGAAGCACAGAGAGCCACUGCAGGGUUACUUGGAUCACCUGGCUACUGUAAGCAUAGCAACCAGGCUUUGGAUCUCAGUAACAGUGUCGGGCCUGGUCGUGACUUGACAUCAAGCGGUGCUGUGAGAUGUGCUCUCCACAGCCUCCACUCUGAGCCCAGGGACUGGGUCAGAAAACCUUAUUGUGCACUAUAGUGUAUUGUACUGUAAAGUUUAAAGGGAAGUACAAAGGCUAUUCAAGACAGAAAAGAAUCAACUACUGUAUAGAAAAAUCAAUUGAGAGUAAAAGACCCAGAGAUCUGUGCAGAGAUGUGAGGACUGGGAAACUGGGCUGGAAGUCACGCAUCCUGUCUAUUUAAGUCUUCUGUUUCUUCUUCAUCAGACUCUCCCACUAUCCUCCCCGUCAAUGCGUGAUUCUCUUUCUGAUUUGGACAUAGUGUUUAUUCUGAUCAAUCUGUGACCAUCGUCUGAAUCCGCGUGCUUUCACCUUUUGAGCACUGCUCCAGUAUGGAAAAGAUGCUUAUCCUGUAUUGCUCACCUUCCUAAACAGUACAUUCAACCACAAACUACUUAUCAAGCCUUCCCCGGUCUCACUUCUUCUCGCGAAGCAAACCUCACUCUCUUGGUGACUUUACAACAAAGCUGAGGCUCCGUUCAUCCAUAAGAGUCAAUGAAUAGAAAAAAAGCACCAAUUGAGAAUUUGUAAAACUGGAGGUAUUUUUUCUGCUCCUCUAACUCUCCUACAACACCAGAGCAACGUGGUGCUGGGUUCGUACUGCUGCUCUUUGUGCUUUAUAGGAGCUUUGCCUCUGUUACAUCACUUCCACUAGAUUUAGUGAGACUUUGGCGAUUUGAUCCUUAACCACAAAGUACAAUGAAACAAAACCAAGUAGGCCAUGUUAAAAUCCUCCUUGUUUUGUUUUUUGUUUGUUGUAAAUUAUUGUUUUGCUCCAGACUUGAUUAUGCAAUUAGGUCAUCAUGAGGCACCAGGUACACAUCUGUUGUCUAUAUUUACCUUUAAAUUAGAAAGUGGAUUUCUUUGUCUAUAUAUAUUUUUUUUUGCACCAUGUGAACUGGGUGUACGUCUCUGUUGUCAUCCACAUGUGUGUGUAUGUGUGUGGUAUUGUACUGAUGGGAGGGAGCUCUCUGGAUUUUUUGUGAGGAGAGCUUUAGGUUGUAUUUGGCGCUUCUACCUGCUGCUGCUUGAUAGACUGACACCAGAGGGUUUGAGAACGUCCCAACGGACCUCUCAGUAGCCCGGGCAACUCCUCCGAGGACUGAGGCUCAGCAUCCCAGCCCAUCUGGGCGCCCAAUGCUGUCACCAGCUAUUCACUGUAGAAAUGCCAAUAUUUGAAGAAAUUCUUCUUUUUUUGAUGUUUAUUUCUUUGAGAUUUAAAUCCUGUGUGAAAGUAGUUUAAACUGAUUUUAGAAAUUAAUUAAAGUGGUUUUUUUCCAUAA